UCCACGAUUGGAUGACGGCCGUUGCUGCGCUGCCGAGACUUUCGGAGAAGUUUCCGUUGUUCGAGGGAUUCCGUCGCCAAUUCCCGACGUUCCUGUAAACGCAAGCGUCCCCGCGCAAAAGCCGGGUGAUGGUACACUGAAAGCCGCCGAGGGUCAGCCCUGCAUGGACCGUUCUCGGAAGUGAGUCACGCUACCUUGCUCCUUGGACGCCAAGAAGAUAGAGCACAUCGGCAGGAUGACGGCGAUGACUCAGGAGGAGAUCGUGGCAGGUGCCAGGACCGUGGCCCAGGGCCUGGACGCGCUGAGGGUCGAGCACGAGAGCCUCCUCCAGGGUCUGCAGUCCCAGGGGGGCCCGGCGGCCAGGGACAAGGCGGGACUGCUGUCCAAGAACAUCGAGAUGAUCGAGCUGGGCCUGGGCGAGGCCCAGGUCAUGAUGGCCCUGGCCAGCCACCUGCAGAUGGUCGAGGCCGAGAAGCAGAAGCUCAGGACGCAGGUCAGGAGGCUCUGCCAGGAGAACGCCUGGCUCAGGGACGAGCUGGCCGGGACCCAGCAGAAGCUCCAGGCCAGCGAGCAGGCGGUCGCUCAAUUGGAGGUCGACAAGAGGCACGAAGAGUUCAUGGAGAGCAUGAGGCAGUACGAUCCGGAUCCUCCGGCCGACGACGAGAACGCGAAGGACAGGCCGAAGAACGAUCCCGUGGUGGACCUCUUCCCCGACGACGAGGCCGACGAGCGAAACAGUAAGUCGAUGUCGCCGACCCCGCCGUCGCAGUUCGCCCAGCAGGUGAACGCCGGCUACGAGAUCCCCGCCCGCCUGCGCACCCUGCACAACCUGGUGAUCCAGUACGCGAGCCAAGGCCGCUACGAGGUGGCGGUGCCGCUCUGCAAGCAGGCUCUGGAGGACCUGGAAAAGACGUCGGGUCACGACCACCCGGACGUGGCGACGAUGCUGAACAUCCUGGCGCUGGUCUACCGAGACCAGAACAAGUACAAGGAGGCGGCGAAUCUCCUGAACGACGCCUUGGCGAUCCGCGAGAAGACUCUGGGCAACCAUCACCCCGCGGUGGCGGCGACCCUGAACAACCUGGCGGUCCUCUACGGCAAGCGGGGCAAGUACAAGGAGGCCGAGCCUCUCUGCAAGAGAGCCCUCGAGAUCCGGCAAAAGGUCCUGGGCCGGGACCACCCGGACGUGGCCAAGCAACUCAACAAUCUGGCCCUGCUCUGCCAGAACCAAGGUAAGUACGAGGAGGUCGAGCGCUACUACGAGAGGGCCCUCGAGAUCUACGAGGCGAAGCUCGGCCCGGACGACCCCAACGUCGCCAAGACGAAGAACAACCUGGCCUCGUGCUACCUCAAGCAGGGCAAGUUCAAGGACGCCGAGGUGCUCUACAAGCAGGUCCUCACGAGAGCCCACGAGAGCGAAUUCGGUGCUAUCGACAGCGACAACAAGCCCAUCUGGCAGGUGGCGGAGGAGCGAGAGGAGAACAAGAACCGAAACAAGGAGAACGCCCCCUACGGCGAGUACGGCGGUUGGCACAAGGCCGCCAAGGUGGACUCCCCCACGGUCACGACGACCCUGAAGAACCUGGCGGCCCUUUACCGAAGGCAGGGAAAGUACGAGGCCGCCGAGACGCUCGACGACUGCGCCGUCAGAUCGCGGAAGGAGGCUCUGGAUCUUGUAGCCAGACAGGCGAGGGCGGCCCAGCUGGUGCAGAACGUCCUGGGCGACGACAAGGGCUCGGCCAGGCGCGGCUCCCGGUCCAGCCUGGCCACCAUCGAGCAGGAGCACGAAGAGGGCUCCCUGCCGUUGGUACAGAGGGCGCUCCAGGAAGGACAGACCGGCCACCACGACGCUAGUCCUAACAGACCCGGCUUUAAGAACAAGAUCUUUCACGUUUUCGGGAUCCAUUCCUCCUCGUAGGACGCUCCCCGUUCGCCUCGCCUCGUUGCUCGCCUCGUUGCUCGUCGCAUCCCGACCCUCGGCGCAGGGCCGAGAGUCGUCGUUGUUCUCGGCUUUUCCUCCGUCGUCCGGUUCCCUCGGGCGCGCUAAUCCGGGUGGCGGCGCCGGCGCCGGCGUAGGGCUUCCUCGACGCGUCGCUCGCCCCGAGGCGUUGACGGGGGCGAUCGUCUCGGACACGCCACGGCGCGACGCCGCAUCUCCCGCGGGGACGAGACGCGCGCGAGGGGGUAGUUCAAUUUUUAUUCAGGUCGAGGAGAAAUUGGCUGGAUUAUUCGUUCCCCGGAAAAUUGCUCUUAAAGAGCAAUUUUCUAUUUCUUCGCGGACCCAAGGGGGCGCCGUUCAUUUUUUAGACAGUUCGAACGGUCGUACGAUUUAAUAAUUACGUGGGGCCCUCGACGUCCGUAGAGCGUCGAUUAUCCAACUGCGGCAUAGAAGUUACUAUUACGAAUGUUCUUCCUCCGUAUCGCCGAAGAACGGAAAAUCGCGAGACUGUCGUUUCGGGACUCGGAAAUAUCUCGAUCCGAUCGCGCUUCCCAGGGGCUCGUUGCUCGACCCCUCCGAGUUUUUAGCCGUUUUAUAUAGAGUAUAUUUUACCUCCGCGAUGAGAGCAAGGAUUCGCUUUAACCCAAGAUGGAGAGAGAUAGAGAGAAAUAAUAAAAAAAAGAUAUGAAUUUCGCGCAAUCGUCGAUCUUCCUCGUCGCGACGCAUUUCCGCGCGAAGCCGCCACUUCCCGACCGAGUCUUGGGACCUCGAUUGCAUUUAGAUUAUGCCUACGUUUUUGUGAUUGCCUCCUGUCUUCGAUCCACGGUCCGAUUUCCUUAAUCGGUGCGCCGAUAGGUCCGGUUCGCGGGUUUUUUCCCGACUCCGGCGAAGGAUCCAGAUUCGACGCGGACAAAAUGCGAUCGCGCCCCGUGGCCUUGUACGAAGUAUUUAUCACCACGGCUCGUUAGCGCGUUUAAUCGGCGAGGAGAAAAAAAAAAGAUCACCCGUUUCCGCGAGUGCGCGACAAUGGACGCCAUCGAUAACGAAAUAACGCUCGUCGUCUUCGUUGCAAAGAGAUCGCGCUCCGCGUUCAGGGGGAAAACGUCGCGGCCCGGUUUAGGUCGACCUUACUCGACUCCGUCGAAGAGUCAAAGAGAGAUUCAAGGGCCGACGAUCGCGUUUCUUCCAUCCUUCAGAUUGCCGCGACGCCCUCCGCCGAAUGGCAACGAUUUCCCACGUCCACGUGGCUCGGAAACGAUCGAAAAGUGUGAUCGGGUCAGUUCGUCGUAUUCCUCCCUCUCGAUGGUUCUCUGUACAUUUGUUGCAACUCGCGACCCCGAAGCAACGUCAGAUAACGAGGAGUGCCUUGAUACCUUAAUAAAGAAGUUAUUUUAUAACCGUUCGCCCUUUUUCUUCCGCCGGGAUAUCGGUCGUGUCGGUUCCGUCGGUUUCGUCGGCUACCGUCCACUCGUCCUUGUCGGUCCUGCACGCUUCUUGUCGUUGUCUCUGUCGAUCCCCUUGGAAGUCCGCGUUGUCGUUCUUUGUCGUUCGCUUUGACUCGAGUACCGGGCAGGCUGGGGCGUAGGUGAGGACUUGGACCUGGACCCUGGGUCUUCUGGAUGCCGUCGAGGACCAAUGGCCCGGUCAAAUUAACAAGGACUCCCAGACUGCGUGGAAAUUCCGAAAGGACGAUCAAGGCUCGUUAGCGUCCCGUUAAUGCCGUCGACCACCUUUCCCGGAUGGUUCGCACAUUCCAGCUGCUUUUUGGCGAGACGCAAUUUCCGGGGCUCGCUUCGGUCGGUCACUCCGAGGUCUCCGGCCAGAGGAUGCGAGCGGCGAUCCGGGGCAUUCCGGAGGGGCGGAAAUCGCGGCCACCCUCGGUGUUUGCCUCCCUCUGCAAUUUCGCGGAAAAUCUUGCAGUCGCGAAGUCGAUCCGUUCACGAGAAACGCUUUUUAACGCAUAAGUAUUAGGGCAGGGAUCGAAGUGGUGCCGAGCAUGUAUGUUCGGUUUAGUUAAGUUAAUCGUCGCGAGAAGCGACGCGAGUCGAUCGUUUGAUAUAAUUUAUUUUAACGAGGGCGUCGGGAAAUACGACGAGUGUAACGGAUAAUUCGGUAUUUCAUUCCGAUCCUAGCAAAGUGCAGGAGGAGGGUCCGCGGUUGGUUGUCGAUUGCAACGAGUGCACGGGAAAAUGCGCCAGAGCAUGGGUGAUCGGGGACUCUUUCGAUCUCUGCAUUAGAGGCGCAUUUCAAGGCUGGACUAGUUAGGCAUCCUCCGCGUUAAAAGAAAAGCCGCAAAGUAAUCGUGCGUUCCCGAACAACGGAGUAACUUAAUAAGGAAGCAUAGGGAUAAGAUCCUUGCGGGACCGUCGAUCCAUUCUGGGAGGGACAACGUUCGAGUAUUGCGUCGUUUCGCGAAAGAGUUCCGAACGAUCGACAUUAUUUAUUAAGUUAUAAGAAAUAUUAUUUAUUCGGCAGCUAUACCCGUGAUAUAUUUUGAUGGCGUGAAGCGAGCGUGAAGCGAGCGAGCGACUCGGAACGAAGAGCCCCGAGGGCUCGAGGACGGAUCGUUCGCCGAAGCGAGAAUCGAUCGCGAAUAAUUGUACCGCGGGGCGUAGGCCAUAGUUAUACGGCGCGUAUAGUCUAUAACCUUCGACCGAUGUCGUUUCGAGUCACCAAAUUGCUAUCGUGAGAUCUUUCACGUUAAGCUUCAAAGUGUAAAGCGUUCAACCUUUAUUUUCGUUUGACCGCAAGACGUGUAUUUUGAAUUGACCGCACGAUAGCAGUUGAGGAGUAACCGAUGAAAACUGCGACUUGCCCGAUCGUGCUUACCGACGUCGUGGGUCUCGAGGUUUUCUCGGGUUCGGCCUAGAGCUGCGAGUCGGUAACCUCGUUCCUCGAAGCCGAGCCAGCGAAGAGAGACACCCUCGUGUACGGAUGUUCCGUUUGUCCGUUCCCUCUUCCCUUCCAACCUAGAGCGUGCUCUCGACUCCGCUUCCCCGGUUCAGCAUUUAAAUCGAGGUGAGGAUUAAAAGGGAAAAGAAGAGCCAUCCGAGUACCCGCGUGCGCCUGAGAGCUUAAGGCCUAGAUCGUGCAGCCUGAUCGGCGCAAUUUCUCUUUUCGACCGACGAGGAGGACUACGUCUCCGCGUAGAGCGAUGCGGCCGCCCUGGUUGUUUUUUACGGAGUGCCCAAUUUUUGCUAGUAGAACGCGGCCACUCUCGACUUGACCGAGCAGCCUCCGGUUGCCCUCCAAACGCGGUUCCGGCGCGGAAAACUAACGCUUCGUCGCGCGAUCCGACAUUAAAAAUAAUCCUUGUCGAUGUGCAACUUACGCCAGCAAGAUCUAAACUAACUGGUUCCUACGUGGGUCGCUGUAACUUCGGAUGUACCGCAACCGCGGUUCAUCCUAUCGAUCUACUUGCUUCUUGGUAUUUUAUCGUACAUCGAGAUGGCAGUUUUUAACCCGAGUCGCCGCCUCGGUGCAACGGGCAAUGCGUGGAGCGGUAACUUCGGUCGAGCUAAUACGUAAGAAAAGUAUUCCGGGCAAAACUCAACCGAGUCUAUUGAAUUUCUAUUUAUUGCGUAGCGUGAAACGUUUCGGGUGAACGUCGUAAAACUAUUUGUUUUAUAACGCCGAGGCUAUGAUGCGAUAGAAGAAACGUCGAACCUUUACGAUGAACGACAAAGAGCACCCAUAAGCACUCUUUUGCAGUUACGGUAAGGACGGUUUACUUUUAGCACGAAGCGCAUAACAAACCGGUGUAACACUUGGAGGUAAUCUAGCUCUCAGGUGCAAAUAUUGUUAUGUAAUGAUACAAUAGAACGUAAGCUUUGGUUUAUGAUAAACAUUUUAACUUGUA